UUGCCAAUUUUUAAUCUCAUCAAUUAGAAAAUGGUUUUCGAGAAGCUUUAUGCAGUUUUUUCUUCUUUUUGCAACACUCUCAAAAAAACUCCAAUAGUAUGCAUAAUUCCAUAUCCUUUGUAUUGUCAAGUAAAGUCUUUUUUCACACACACCCAUACAAAAUACUUUUUAAAAAUCACUUCCACAAGCAUCAGAGCUAGAAAUUUGUAUGUUCAAGAGCAAAGUACCGAAGUAAGGUGAAUGAGCAAAACUUCGGGGAAGGGCAGUAUAAUUCAGAUAAUUGCUUCAGUUCUUUAUCAAUUUAAAUUGUACAAUGAAUUUUUUUGUAUCACAUUACUUAUCAGACUAGUUCUCCAACUUAAACAAAGGCAAAGCAUCACAGUAACAAUUCUGCUUUCAAUUUUCCUUGAAACUGAUUUUAAAAAUGAAUCCCAGGGUCAAUUUUGUCUUUCCUCUUCACGGGAAAUAGUCCGUACAACUAUCAAAUUGAUUGGGAACAGGUUAUUCCUACGUACACAAAAGGAGGGGAACCAGAGCAUCGGCAGAUCAAGAAAACGAGACGAGCCAGGCGACCGCUGACCCGCAGGUGAAAAAAUCGCUUUUUAAGAUUUGGAAAUAAAAAGAAACACGCAAUCCUUGAGAAGAUAAAUAGAACACAAGUGACCGGGAAGUUUGUCUGUAUUAAGCAGUACGGGUGGCUGUGUUGUUUCGUUUAAUUAUGCACUACUGGCAAUCGACCUCCUGAUUUAGUACAACAUGACAUCGAAAACGAACCCACUAUUGCGAAAACACUCCUACGGUUCAAAACGGUGAGAAAGUGGAAAAAAUAUAAGAACUUAAGAAGCACUCCGUGUAGAAGAAUUAUCUUGCCAUCAUGUCAUACUCUACAUGUCCAGGCCGUACUGGAUUGCCCCUGACAGUACUGCGAUGGCUUCAGAGUCUCGACCUCACUUCUUCACCAAAGAACUUUCGUAGGGACUUUUCAAAUGGCUACCUUAUUGCCGAAAUAUUCUCUCGGUACUUCCCAGAAGACAUUCAUAUGCAUUCCUUUGUAAAUGGAACCUCCCUAAGUGUCAAACUCAGUAACUGGGCACUGCUUGAAAAGUUUUUUACAAAAAGAAACCUGAAGCCUAUACGAGAGCUAAUAGAUGGGACAAUUCAUUGUAAACCAGGAGCUGCAGAAAUAUUUGUACAAGAUAUUUAUACAAUGCUGACAGACAGUCGUAUAAAACAUAUUCAAGAUGAAACGAUUGAUUUUACUGAUCGUAUUUACCAGGACAAUUUACCACUCGUUGCUAGAUCAACUGCUUCAAGGGCUAUUAAAAACAAUAUCACUAUGUCAGAAAUAAUGGCAGAACCUGAUAUUUGUAAAAAUAAACAGAAAAUAAAUGCUAUCCUUGAUAUACAUAGGCAGCGAAGGUUAAUGGAGAGGGAACAACAUCCGUCACGGUUUGGUAUUAAACCAACACUGGGACAACGUGCCAUUGAUCACUCUUCUAUUUUGGCUCGUUCAUUCGGUACAACUAAUCUUCCAAAGGAAAAAUCUGUUCCUGUGCCAAAUAGUGUACCAUCCACACAAAUCAGAGGUAAAACAGAUGUUCAUUUCAAAACUAUUCAAGUGAAACAAGCGGAGAAAUUUGCAUUUGAUGUGAACAUGAAUACUGAAGUUUCAGGUACCCAUUUUAAAGAACUACAGAGAAGAAAUUCAGAAAUACAAAAGAAGAUUUAUAAUCAAAUAUGAGUCCUAUUUUGAGGAGCAUGAACCUUACAGAUAAGCCAGUAAAGAAUUAAUACUGACAUCAAAGACAUAUUGCUAACAUGGUAUUUACACAGGCAUAAGAAAAUGCAAUAAAUCAAUAUCAUUUUAUCCAUUCCAUUACUGGAAGUUUACGUCAUGCUAUAAUGUAAAUUUUUAUUAUAAAGUAAUGCAGAACCUAGAACUCCUAGUCAAUAUAAUUUUAAUAAAAUGAAUCAGCCCCAGUCUCAUUGU